AUGGACAUCGAUGAGUGUAUGUUGCAGGCAAACUCUGUUCUCCAGUGUGACCACAUGUGCAUCAAUUCCAUCGGUAGCUACCGAUGUGAAUGCCGAUCGGGAUACACUCUGGACCCUGAUCGACAUGCUUGCAAUAACAUUGAUGAAUGCUCAAUGACUCGCACCCACAACUGUCACCAGAAUUGCACUGAUACCCCCGGUAGCUACAGCUGUAGUUGUUACUCUGGUUACUCGCUAGUGGAUCCCAAAGGAGUCGAGUGUGGUGACUAUGACGAAUGUGAAAAGAAGGCGGAUAACGAGUGUGAACAGCUUUGCAUGAACUUGGAGGGAUUUUACAGCUGUGAUUGCUACCCCGGGUAUGAGAUGGAUGGAAUAUACUGCACAGACAUAGACGAGUGUAAAACUGGAGUGCAUGACUGCGAUCAACACUGCGAAAACGGCAUAGGCAAUUUCACAUGUUCGUGUAAUGAGGGAUACGUACUUGGCAUGGAUGAAAAAUCAUGUUUCGAUAUCGACGAGUGUGCACCUACAAACAUGAACUGCGACACAAUACAAAUCUGUAAAAUUGUCGAAACAGGUCAGGGGUCGAAGUGCUAUUAUAUCAACGGCAAUGUUACUGAGCAUCAGGGACCUACAGAUGAACCACCAUUUAGUGCCAACUGUUCAGAGCUGCAAAUCUGCAGUCAGAUAGGUCAAGCCUAUACGUGUGCAUGUGUUGAAGACGAGGGACAUGCGCUGAGUAAUGUCACAAACUUUUAUGAAGGAGACUGUGAUGCGUCAAACCUAACAAAACUUCACGUGUGUCGGAACUCCACCGGAGUACGUAACUGCAAUUGCGUGGAAGGGUAUCGACUAUUGACUGACAAUGAGUUCUGCCAGGAUGAGGAUCUGAAUAACUGCACCUCGAUGCAAACUUGUAAGAACACGCCAGGUGGCUAUGAGUGUCCAUGUAAAGCAGGGUAUCUCAACAACACUGAGACAGGGGAAUGUGAUGAUAUUGACGAGUGCUCAACCGACUACAUGAAUUGCCCAGAUGAAAAUGUACAAAUCUGUUACAACAACAGGAGCAACACCAUUGUCUGUGAAUGUCUUGAGGGCGACAUCAAUGUGUGUGAGCGGGGGGAAUGUUCUAUAGGCUGUACUGAUCUGGAAGUGUGCGUUGGUGGCGCUUGCACCUGCUAUCCGGAAUAUUUUCUCAACAGUGACAAUUUGCCUUGCAAAGGCGGCGGUUGUGGUGAGAUGAUACAUGAUUGUACUGACAUGGAGACUUGUAACAACACGAUUGGAGGCUACGAGUGCCCAUGCAUGAAUGGCUUCCUCAGAGGUCAAGGGGUCAACGCAACUUGUGACGAUAUCGACGAAUGCCGCGAUAAAACCGACGGUUGCAACCACCUGUGUAUGAAUGGUGCUGGGAAUUACACAUGCGCCUGCGUGGGAGGGUACAACUUACUGGCGGACAAUCACACGUGUGCUAUGCCAAUGUCUCUGCACGAAGCAGUUGUGCUUUAUCAGAAGCACGGUGAUACAGCGAUUGAUCAAACUUCUUACAGUGGAUGGCUGUUUCCACUCGGAAUGAUCUGCGCAUGUGCUCUGAUUGCUGCCGUUGUGGUUGGUCGGAAGAAAUCGGAGCGCGUACGCAACGGUACAGACAGGAUUGUCGAGAUGGCGCAAUCUCUGAAGGGGCGUGUUGUCUCCACCGUUACCCGUCGUGGCUCCACUGGUACCAGCCGCCCUCAAUCCAACAUCUACGUCGCAGGUCCCAGCAGGCAAACCCGAUCCCCAGUCGAUGACGAAAUGGGUGACGUAGCGGUGUACUCGGACAACACACCAUCCCCCAUAGGCGGCGGGAACCAGACUAUAGAUUUUGGCGAUGCCGACGUGUACCAAGUACCGACUGGUGGCCACAACGCCGGGCCAUCCAUGAUGUGAUCCGAUCCCCAAGUCGUUCUCGUGUGACCUUUCUGCAUGUGCUGACCUCUGACUGACCUUAACUCGGAUUUGAGGUUGACAAGAACCAAGUACAGAACGGGCCACCAUUUUGUUUUCUACCGCAUGCCGCAUUCUGGUCACUGGGCCCCAAUUCAGUGCCUCUGCUUAGCCGCGAUCUGCUAACAUAGUAAGUGUAUGGGCAGCCAGUGGGGCAAAAAUGGACAACUUUUGCAGUUGUCUUUGUUUGCCUUAAUGGCCGCCCGUAGAUAGUGAGUGUGGAGUUUCUGCACAAACUGUCUAAAGCGUUAACGAUUUAAUAGUUGAAAGGUGAACGCAAACGCACAAGCAUACAUCCGAUGUUUCAAAAAAGGCCUAUGUAGGUGACGUAAUCGACGUUUAAUUUACGCGAAGCAGAGACAUUAAUUGGGCCCUUUUACUUGUAAAACAAUUCUGGGCUUCCUAUAUUAUUACAUAUUCCAAUCGUUUAAAUGGACAUUGAAUAAAUAUUAUGCAUGUUUUAAAGAUGAGGUUGACAGAAAGAAAUAAUAAAUAUAUACAUUUUUAAGUUAAUAAAUGCAAUCAGUGUACUGGGUCGAUUUCACAAUAGGCAGUCCUAACUUAGGGCUAGUCCUAGGAGUUAAAAACAAACCAAGAUUAGUCCCAAGUUAUUCCAGAUAAGAGUCUUGAAUCUUAUUCUGAAAUUCACCCUUGCUGAGUUAAGCUACGCCAAUGCACAUGUCUGUACGCAGCACACAUAAAGCUUAUAGCAAAUACAGGGCCCAGUUAAAUAGAGCUUAGUCACAAAACGAGCUACUCAGAAACGAAUAUGCUAACCAGAAAGGUCACCAGCUAAAAUACCAUGCCACGUGUAUAAUAUGUGACUGGUGUCCUGCUAAUUAUUGCUAUAAAAAGCAGUGAGAUAUAGAUGAGAUCCGAACUGUAUCGCAAAAGUUAUUAUUUUUUUCUUUUACAUUUAUAUAUAAUUGGAAAGCAAUAUUUAUGGUAAAUAAGCUGAUUAUAACAUGUGGGUUUUCAGUAAUUUUAUACGUACCUUAAAGGCAGUGGACACUAUUGGUAGUUGUCAAAAUAAGUAUUAGCAUAAAACCUUACUUGGAAGCGAGUAA